GCUAGCUAGGGCUCCAUCCUCCAUAGCCUUUCGUUUCAUUUAUUUUCCAAAUUCUUUUUCAGGGAGAGAGAGAGACAAGUUUAGAGAUGGCUGCGUUUUCCACCCACAAUCCUUUUGUUUUCGUAUUCGGCAUUCUAGGUAAUAUCAUUUCUUGUGUGGUUUUUCUAGCGCCAGUACCAACAUUUCUAAGGGUUUGUAAGAAGAAAUCCACAGAAGGUUUUGAAUCAUUUCCCUAUGUGGUUGCACUAUUCAGUGCUAUGAUUUGGCUAUACUAUGCUUCGUUAAAGUCUGAUGCUUUCCUUCUCAUCACUAUUAACUCAUUCGGGUGUUUCAUAGAGACUAUUUACAUUACCUUGUUCAUCGCUUAUGCACCUAAGCAAGCUAGGAUGUUCACUCUGAGGAUGCUUCUUUUGUUAAACUUUGCGGGAUUCUGCUCGAUUCUUCUUCUCUCCCAUUUCCUCGCAAAAGGAUCAUUCCGGAUUAAAAUUCUUGGAUGGGUUUGCGUAAUAUUUUCUGUGAGUGUGUUCGCAGCACCUUUAAGCAUCAUGAGAGUUGUUAUACGAACCAAGAGCGUGGAGUUCAUGCCAUUUUCCCUAUCAUUUUUCCUUACACUCAGUGCUAUUAUGUGGUUCUUUUAUGGAAUACUAUUGAAGGACUUAUAUAUUGCAAUACCCAACAUACUUGGUUUUAUCUUCGGAGUGCUUCAGAUGAUUCUCUAUGUGAUUUACAAGAACUUCAAGACGGUGAUGGAGCAGCCAAAGUUACCUCAAGAAAACAUUGAAAAUGCGAAUUUCAGCAUAAAUAUUACUUGCGGGGUUCAAGAAGCUGUAAGCACCCAGCUAAACGGUGCGGAUAAAGAAGAGAAUAUGCAUGAGAAGCAAGACAUGGGUAUGGGUGGCUCCAACGUAGAAAAAUCAAUCGCAUGUCAAGUUUGAUUAAUUACAUGUACCUAACUCCUCUCCCGCGUAUGCACUUUAUUUUGUGAGAUAUAUAUAUAGCUUGUAUCUCUCUCUCUCUUGUACUACUACGUGAUGUAACGUUUUGUAAAGGAUAGCUUACAUGCAUCUCUAUGUAUUGUAAGUUCAUAUAAGCAAACAGGGAUGGAGGUGGAUUAUGCAU